GCUAGCCAGUCCUUCGCAAGCUCAUGACCAAUUCCCCAUCACAAGAGAGAAAGAGAGGCUGGGAGGAAUGACAGGGAGAGAGACAGAGAGCGGAGGCCAGGGGAAGGGGGGAGGAAGGAGGGAGACAAACAGAGCUGCAGGAGGGGGGGAGAGACAAACAGAGCUGAAGUCAUGGAGGUUAACCCUGUGCGUGCCUAAACACUUAUCUCAUCAAAAGAAUACAAGAGAAAGGAGACAAACAUCAGGACACAACUUUACAUUUAUUGCAAACAAGAACCCAAAGGGCAUUUAUGGCUACAACACAUUUACCCGUCCCUGUACUGCCGAUUGCUACACCACACACGGCACCACAGAAACCCCCCUCCCUGCAAAGUUGCUUGCUAGACCACACACAGCCUCUGCAGGGAAACCACCUCCUAUAAAGCUGCUUGCUACACCACACACAGCUGUUACAGAAGACCUCCU